AGGCCAUCUUUGCUCAAGUGCCCGUGCGGCCAUCUUCGCUGAAGCGCCCGCGGCGCGGCGCCCACGCGGUCCCCACUGGCCAGCCGCUGGGGCGCAGCGUUUUUCUCCGGCGGGACCGAAACAGACUGCUCCGGCCGAACCCUGAGCAGCACCGGCCAUGGCGGACGGAGGGAGCUGGCGGACUCCGUUCUGGAGGUUCUGGCCGCUCUCGGCGUGGCCGCUGCUGGGCCUCUGCUGCUCCGGUGGCCUCGUGAAGAUCGUCUUCGCUUUCGGGUACGGGUACGCCUCGCCGUCGAUGGCGGUGCAGGGCCUCCUGGCAUAUGUGGCCCACUCUGACAAGCGGGAUACUUUCGUGGCAGCCGCGGCCCUGUAUGCCGCCUACGGCCUGCGCCUGACGUGGUACCUGUUCCGGCGGCAGAGCUCGCAGUCCUGGCUGACCAGCAGCCACGGGCAGGCCAUUGAGGCCAGGAUGGCCGAGACGCCGCUGCUCGUCAAGUGCAACGUGGUGGUCUUCGUCUCUGCGGUGCAGCAGGCGACGCUGUACGUCCUGGACAUCAUCUGCCGCUGGGGCCCCGCCGCGCGCGCCCGGCGUCCCGCCGCCCGCGCCGGGCUGGUGGUGGCGCUGGCGGGGCUGCUGCUGGAGGCCGUGGCGGACGAGCAGAAGCUCGCCGCCAAGGCGCUGCAGCCGGAGAGCUGCCCGUCACAGGCGGGCUCUUCGGCGCCGUGCGCCACCCGAACUACCUGGGCGAGGUGGUGUUCUGGCUGGGCGUGACGGCCAUGUGCGCGGCCGCGCCGGCCCCCGCAGCGCGUAAGGCGGCCUUCCUGGCGGGCGGGCCGCUGUUCAUGUGCUGGGUCAUGGUGGGCGCCGCGCGGCGUCUGGACGAGCAGGCGCUGCAGAGAUAUGGCGCCGUGCCAGGCUUCGCGGAGUACUUCGCUGCCACACCGAGCCUGCUGCCCUGGCUGCGGUGAGCUCGAGGGGCCUCGAUGUGCGGUGUGCUGCAGCAGGCCUCCUGGCGCGGCCGCGGGCAAGGCCGCGGGACGGGGCGCCGGGCGCUCCCUCCGGCGGCCGGGGCCUUUGGAGGGGCCGUGCGGCAGUGCGCAGGGCCCUGGGCCCUCCAGAACUCUCGGAACAUGCCCGCGGGCGAUGCACCAGUCCUGGGAAGAUGGGCUGGGGGCUCUGAGGCCUACAUCGUGACCAGUCGCUGCUUACGUCGGGUGCCCAGCCUUGUGGCAGGUCUGCUCGAGCGUGGCGUGCCCUGGUCUGCUUGGCGACCGUGUGCCGCAUCCCUCCGUGCUACGAAGCAGGCCUAGGAUGAAGAUACAUCGCUCCAGAGCGCUUUGGAACGCUCUGAGAUCGUUCUGGAGCGAUCUGAAACGGCCGCGGCGCCCGAUGGAUGCAUCCUCCAGACCGCCACAGCUCUGAGAUAUUCCCG